AUGUCUCACGGCACCCCCGUCCCCUCCACGCACAUCGCCAACCCCUCCGACCGCCUCUGCCCCUUCUGCUCGCGGCUCUACACCGCCACCGGCCGGCCCGGCAUCCAUGGAACCGAAGAAGCCGGUACCCAGCUAACAUGCGGCCAUAUCUUCGGCGCCCAAUGCUUCGGUCACUGGCUGGCGACGACCAGCAACAUGAAGCGCUGGAGCCAGUGCCCGACAUGCAACCUCGCGAGCGCACGCGCUGCCAUGUUCCAAGCUAACGCGCUGAGGCGGCCGAGCCACGACGCGAUGGACAGCGUGACGCCUACAGGCCCGCAGCUGCUUCCUGGGAUCGGGGCCGCGCCCUCUGACCCCGGGCGGUGGUUUGCAAGGGGUGGCGGUGGUCGAGGCAAUGGUAGGAGGAAUGGUGCUUUCGCGCCGAGGCAGUCGAGCUAUGACUCGAUGGAGGGCGUGGCACGCACGGGUUUCAACGGCCCUCUUUCGUAUGGUGGCGUACUUGAGGAGAUUGACCCUAACAGGACGUAUGCGGGGUUUGGCGGCGUCGUUCAUGGUAAUCGAGGGUUCAGCCCCGAUGCUAUGGACGUAGACUCGACGGGCCCUGCUCCUCUAAGUGGUGGUUUCACGGGACCUGCUGCUCAGAGUGGUUUCGCCGCAAGGCCUGCUCCUCAGAAUCGUCGUGCCACAGGCCCUGCUCCUCCAGCUGGCCGUGUCUUCGCGCGUCCACGCGGAGGGUUCGGAAGCAGAUAUCCGCAUCAAACUAUAACCUCUAGCCCCGUUCUUCAAGCAGCUCUUCCCAAGAGGCUGAGCUUGUCCGCUGGACGUUCUGCUCUUCAGGCUAUAUCGGAUGCCACUGUCCGUCUACCUGAGAAGCAUUCUCUCCCAUGGUCACCAGUGCACUGGCGCACCAAUAAGGUAGUCCGAUUCUAUGUGUCGUGA